UAUUUUCUCCCAUUUUGAGGGUUGUCUUUUUGUCUUGCUUAUAGUUUCCUUUGCUGUGCAAAAAUUUUUAAGUUUCAUUAGGUCCCACUUAUUUGUUUUUAUUUCCAUUACUCUAGGAGGGGGGUCAAAAAAGAUCUUGCUGUGAUUUAUGUCAAAGGGUGUUCUUCCAAUGUUUUCCCCUAGGAGUUUCAUAGUGUCUGGCCUUACAUUUAGGUCUUUAAUCCAUUUGGAGCUUAUUUUUGUGUAUGGUGUUAGGGAGUGUUCUAAUUUCAUUCUUUUCCAUGUAGCUGUCCAGUUUUCCCAGCACCACUUAUGGAAGAGGCUGUCUUUUCUCCAUUGUAUAUCCUUGCCUCCUUUGUCAUAGAUUAGUUGACCAUAGUUUAUUUCUGGGCUUUCUAUCCUGUUCCAUUGAUCUGUAUUUCUGUUUUGUGCCAGUACCAUAUUGUCUUGAUUGUUGUAGCUUUGUAGUACAGUCUGAAGUUAGGGAGUCUGAUUCCUCCAGCUCCAUUUUCUUCCCUCAAGAUUGCUUUGGCUAUUCAGGGUGUUUUGUGUCUCCAUACAAAUUUUAAGAUUUUUUGUUCUAGUUCUGUAAAAAAUGCCAUUGGUAAUUUAAUAUAAUAGAGAUUGCAUUGAAUCUGUAGAUUGCUUUGGGUAGUAUAGUCAUUUUCACAGUGUUGAUUCUUCCAAUCCAAGACCAUGGUAUAUCUCUCCAUCUGUUUGUGUCGUCUUGAUUUCUUUCAUUAGUGUCUUAAAGUCUUCUGAGUAGAGGUCUUUUACCUCCUUAGUUAGUUUUAUUCCUAAGUAUUUUAUUCUUUUUGUUGCAAUGGUGAAUGGGAUUGUUUCCUUAAUUUCUCUUUCUGACCUUUUAUUGUUAGUGUAUAGAAAUCCAAGAGAUUUCUGUGUGUUAAUUUUGUAUUGGGAGCGGGGGGAGGGGAUCACCUCAAUUUGCUUCUCGUCAGAGGCUCCGUGGUGCCAGGACAGGCCUCUCUCUGGGCCUCCAUUUUCUCUCAUCUCUGGAGCAGGCAUGUUGCCAGGGUGGGCUUGGGUGGCCGCCCAGGGCACGGAGGUGUUGCCACAUGUGGGGCUGGCCAGGGUCCCUGGAAUUCGCUGCAGGCGAGCGUGACCAGGACAGUUUUAGUGUGCCUGCCACCUCUCUGUCCCUGCCCUGAGGGGACAGCCUUUCUUUGGGCAGAGGGUGAGGCACUAAGGAUUCUUGUGUGGUGACACCGUGCAGGUGCCGAGCCCACGUGACCCAGUGUCCCCAUUCACUCAGCCGUGGGACUCCAUUCACGCUGACGCUGGCCGGGCUGUGGCCCAGCUCUCCGGUCGCCCUGGCACCUUGCAGACCGGGGUGCCCCCUCCACCUGAGCCCUCUGUGCUGGAAUCCCAGCUGGGCCUCCCCUCUAUCAACGAAAAUAGUCAAUAAACCAUCAAUGAUAAGAAUAAAAAAAAAUUUUGUAUCCUGCAACUUUACCAAAUUCAUUGAUUAGCUCAGGUAGUUUUCUGGUGGCAUUUUUAGGAUUUUCUGUAUAUAGUAUCAUGUCAUCUGUAAACAGUGACAGUUUUACUUCUUUUCCAAUUUGGAUUCCUUUUAUUUCUUUUUAUUCUUUGCUGUGGCAAGGACUUCCAAAACCAUGUUGAAUAGUAGUGGAGAGAGUGGACAUCCUUGUCUUAUUCCUGAUGUUAGAGGGAAUGCUUCCAGUUUUUCACCAUUGAGAAUGAUGUCUGCUGUGGGUUUGUUGUAUAUGGCCUUUAUUAUGUUGAGGUAGGUUCCCUCUUGUGUAUAAUCAACUUUUGUUAGGUUGUGUAUGAGCUAAAAUCUCAUGGCUUUCAAAGACAAGAGAUUUACUUCACAUUCAUUACAAGUUUUGGUUGUGGUCCUGUUCAGGUUGCAGAUUGGCUCUACCUGUUAUUUUCAUCUGCAGUUCAGGCUAACUGGACUGGAACAUGCUAUUCUUUGAGACGAGGGGGCAUAAGUCAGGGACCCAGUGGGAAACAGUGCUUUUUAAAGCUUCUAAUAACACAUGGCAUCCAUCAUAUUCAUUCAUAUUCCAUCAUUCAAAGCUAAUUAGUAGGGUGGAGAGUUAUUAGCGUGAAGCACAUUAUUACAUUAUUGUUUAUGAAGGUCAAAAACAGUUGAAUAUUGGCAGUUUCAUAUAGUGCCUAUUACAGGCGUGAGUUGAAAAUCACUUGGAAAAUGCUACGUAAUUGCUACACAAUCCUCUUAUGGUAUAUUAAAGCAAGUCAAAGAUUACAUUAAACAAUGUAGCAAAUGCCAGGAGAAACUAGAUCGCUCCCGUCCUAUAUCAGAUACUUCUGAAAUGUUGGAAGAAUUGGGACUAGACCUUGAAUCUGGAGAAGAAAGUAAUGAGUCAGAGGAUGACCUGAGCAACUUUACUUCGCCUCCAGCUACAGCUUCCAAGCCUGCAAAAAAGAAGCCGGUAUCCAAACAUGAACUUGUAUUUGUUGACACCAAAGGAGUGGUGAAACGUUCGUCUCCAAAACAUUGUCAGGCUGUCUUAAAACAGCUGAACGAACAGAGACUCUCUAACCAGUUCUGUGAUGUUACUUUGUUAAUUGAAGGAGAAGAGUACAAAGCUCAUAAAUCUGUUCUGUCAGCUAAUAGCGAAUAUUUUCGAGAUCUUUUUAUUGAGAAAGGAGCUGUUUCCAGUCACGAGGCAGUGGUGGAUCUUUCUGGUUUUUGUAAGGCAAGCUUCCUUCCUUUACUGGAAUUCGCCUAUACUUCUGUGCUGAGCUUUGACUUCUGUAGCAUGGCUGAUGUAGCCAUCUUGGCUCGCCAUCUUUUCAUGUCGGAAGUUUUAGAAAUCUGUGAAAGUGUACAUAAGCUAAUGGAAGAGAAGCAGCUAACAGUAUAUAAGAAAGGUGAGGUGCAAACAGUUGCAUCUACACAGGACUUACCAGAACAAAACGGAGGUACAGCACCCCCUGUGGCUAACAACGAGGGACCCACGACAGCUUUAUCCACUGAACUUGGGGAUUGUGAAAUUGUACUACUGGUGAAUGGAGAAUUGCCAGAGCAGAAUGGAGAGCUAGGACAACAGCCUGAGCCCCAGGUUUCUUCACAGACUGAAGCUGCUCUGUCACCUGUAGGCUGUGUAACUGAUUCUCAUCCUGAAAUGGGCUCUGUUGAUUUAGUAACAAAAAACAACCAGACAGAACUAGAAACUUUAAACAGCAGAGGCGAUGGCGUAGUCUCUAAUACUCAUCCUGAGCUUUCAAAAGAGAAUGUAGUCAGUAAUUCUCCAGAAAACAGUGAUAUGGGAAAUGAUAUAGCAAUGGAGGAUAUCUGUGCAGAAGACAUUUCAGAGCCUAGACAGAACCUUGGCCAACCUUUGAAAGAUGAAGAGAAUCUAGUUGAACCGACAGCACGGACAGACCAUAGCCCCGAUGAUGAUACUUACAGAAGCAAGCUUCGGCAGCGUUCUGUUAACGAAGGGGGAUAUGUCCGACUACACAAAGGAAUGGAGAAGAAGCUACAGAAACGGAAAGCCAUUCCCAAGUCAGCAGUUCAACAGGUGGCUCAGAAAUUAGUUCAAAGAGGAAAAAAGAUGAAACAGCCAAAAAGGGAUGCUAAAGAGAAUACCGAAGAAGAAGCAUCCCAUAAAUGUGGGGAAUGUGGAAUGGUUUUUCAGAGACGAUAUGCCCUUAUAAAGCACAUACUGAAACACGAAAGAGCUAGAGAUUAUAAGUGUCCUUUGUGUAAGAAACAGUUUCAGUACAGUGCCUCCUUGCGAGCACACCUUAUUCGACAUACCAGAAAAGAUGCACCUACUUCGUCCUCUUCCAAUUCCACAUCUAAUGAGGCAUCAGGAUCAUCGUCUGAGAAGGGCAGAACCAAACGAGAAUUUAUAUGUUCCAUAUGUGGAAGGACAUUACCUAAAUUGUAUUCCCUUCGAAUACAUAUGUUGAAGCACACAGGUGUAAAACCACAUGCAUGCCAGGUCUGUGGAAAGACUUUCAUCUACAAGCAUGGUCUAAAGUUACACCAGAGUCUCCAUCAGUCACAAAAGCAGUUCCAGUGUGAACUAUGUGUUAAGUCAUUUGUUACCAAACGGAGUCUUCAAGAGCAUAUGAGUAUUCACACAGGAGAGUCCAAGUACCUUUGCUCAGUUUGUGGAAAGUCUUUUCACAGGGGCUCUGGGCUCAGCAAGCACCUUAAGAAACACCAACCAAAGCCUGAAGUUCGAGGCUAUCAUUGUACUCAAUGUGAAAAAAGUUUCUUUGAAGCUAGAGAUCUUCGCCAGCACAUGAACAAACAUCUUGGUGUGAAGCCAUUCCAGUGCCAAUUUUGUGAUAAGUGCUAUAGUUGGAAGAAAGAUUGGUAUUCCCAUGUGAAGUCUCACUCUGUCACUGAGCCUUACAGGUGUAAUAUUUGUGGCAAAGAAUUUUAUGAAAAGGCAUUGUUCAGAAGGCAUGUAAAGAAAGCUACCCAUGGGAAAAAAGGAAGAGCAAAGCAAAACCUGGAACGUGUGUGUGAACAGUGUGGAAGAAAAUUCACUCAGCUGAGAGAGUAUAGGAGACACAUGAACAACCAUGGAGGAGUUAAGCCUUUUGAGUGCUUAACAUGUGGAGUAGCUUGGGCUGAUGCUCGAUCUCUAAAACGCCACGUCAGAACACAUACAGGUGAACGGCCCUAUGUCUGUCCCGUAUGUAGUGAAGCCUACAUAGAUGCUCGAACACUCCGUAAACAUAUGACUAAAUUCCACAGAGAUUAUGUGCCUUGCAAAAUUAUGCUAGAAAAAGAUACCCUUCAGUUUCAUAACCAAGGAACUCAAGUGGAGCAUGCUGUUAGCAUCUUAACAGCAGAUAUGCAAGAACAAGAAAACAGUGGUCCUCAAGAACUUGAAACCGUGGUAGUGACAGGAGAAACUAUGGAAGCUCUCGAAGCUGUUGCAGCUACUGAAGAAUGUCCAUCAGUAUCUACACUUUCUGACCAAAGUAUUAUGCAAGUGGUUAAUUAUGUGUUGGCACAACAGCAAGGACAGAAACUAUCUGAAGUCGCAGAAGCUAUUCAAACUGUUGAAGUAGAGGUGGCACACAUUUCAGAAACAGAAUGAAUGUAGUGAUGGAGAUAAAAAGAAGUGGCGUCUCACAUAUGUUGAACCUCACAGAAUAUUUGUUUACAGUACUGUGUGACUAUCUGCCUAGAGUUUAUAAUGUAAAGGCUCUGGGCUGUUUGGUGGUGUUUUAACAUUUCUAAACAGUUUAUCUGGCUGAUGGGUUCUGUAGAAAAGUCCAUUUACUGUAAAGAAAUUGAAAACAAAUCUUUUUGAUGGCAGUGGAUUAUCAUGGUAUACUUUUUAUGAAUGAAUGGUUAUAAAGAACUGUACUAGAUUAAAAAUGGUACAGUUUCAUUUGCAUUUUGUCAUUAUUAUAUACUUUGAGUUUAAAAGGCUGUACUAAUUGGCUUUUCUUCUCUUUUAUUCUCAAAAUAUAGAGGUUCUGUGAUUUCAUUUGCCCUGUUUAUGGAUUAAAAAUUCUAAUAUAAAACAUUUUAGUAGGAUGCAUAGGUGUGUUACAUUUUUUAAAUGCUUCAAAUCUGUGAUUCUUGACUUACUAUUUAUUUUAACCCCUUAUAAAGUCGGGGAUUCUUUAUUCUCUUUUAAAGCACUUAAUGAGUUACAUGUUUGUAAUCAAGUUUGCACAGUGUACUUAAUCUAUAUGGGGAACCCUUAAAUGAAUAGCUGAUUUUUUUUAAAUGCCAUUAAAAUGCAUGAAAUGCCUAUUAAAGCCUUACUAUACUAUCCUCCAAGGCAAGUAAAUUGAGCGUGCGCAAAGAACACUGAUAUUAAACUCUGUUGAUGGGAAAUUUCUCCUUGAAAACAUAAGACAAUAAAUGGGGGGGGGGGAGGUUAAAACUAUGUUUGGUAUGUUUGCGGCUUUAGUAUCAUGUUUAAUUGUUCAAUUUUGUUGAAAAACUGCAGUUUAGAAAUAGGAUAGCAAUAUAGACAUCUGCAGCAGUCCUGUGGAUACCAUAUAAUUGUCAAGUAACCUCAGAAUAGUAAAAUUCUUCACUUCAGCCCUCAUUAUAGUAUACUACUUAAAGAAAUUGAUUAUGGCCCACCAAAUUGUUAAAAGUAAAUUCUUUUUAAAGUUGCCUGAGAGUUAAUUUGUGUGUUUGAUUUUUAAAUUCCUGCCUCUUUAAGCUGUCUAAUUUUCUUGUUUUUCAAAAAUAACAAUGGGGAGAUGCCACAUUUCUCUCCUGGGAAGCUAACACUCAAGCUAUAAUUGUAAAAUUAAACUUCUAAGUAUUAGAAGCCAAUAAAAGGUGUAAAAUUAAGACACAAAUAGAUCACAUGUAAGUCAUUCCUAAAGCACAAGAAAAGAAUGUGCCUUGAUGUACAUAUAUUAUUAAGAUGCUCAUUCCGUUUACUUUAAAAGUGGCUUAAAAGAUAAAGAAUAAAUGUGAUGCCAUGCAUGCAUUAUACCUGCACAUGUAAUAUUUGCAUUUGCAAAUUUCCCUUUGUUUCAAUAGCUGUGUGGCUGCCUUUCAAUUUUAAGUGGAUUGACAUACAGUCUAUAACUUUAUAAUGGCUGCUUGUUUAUCAUAUCUUUCAGUUAGUGAAAAUGUAUUUCAGCCUGACUAAAAUUUGGAAUUGUCUUUAUGUUCCAUUGUCACCAUUGUUAUUAAAUUUAGUUAAUUGUAUAAGACCAUUAAUGUAUGUUAUACAUAUGUAAAUAAAAGAUGUUGAAUCUUGU